UUAACACACUGGAUCCCAAAGUCCGUCUUUCUCCCUCUCUCACAGUUCUGAGCUGCCAUGGAUAUUGCGUCUGUAUUUGCAUUUAUAAUUAUUUUUCCAUUCUGUCUACGCACGAACAGCCUUUAUAUCGCCAGUAGCAUAGACUCUUUGCAGCAUGUCCUGAGGGAAUAUGGAGUGGUAAAGCCUGUAAGCACUGACGCAGAGGGACGGUUCCUGUCGCACGCUGUCUCAGCUGAGCGGCUGGGAGGGCACUUGCACCAGCGAUGGAGGAGAGAAACGGAGGCGGCCGAUGAGAAUGUAGGGGAGCGCCGCACCGGGCCCUGGGAGGUGCUGUUUUACAACAUCACAGUGUUCGGCCGGGACUUCCAUCUGCGCCUGCGGCCCAACUCGCGUCUGGUGGCGCCGGGUGCCAGGGUGGAGUGGCAGGAGGACGAUGACGUCACGCGCACGGAGCCCAUAGCGGGGAAUUGCCUCUACGUUGGUGACGUCGCGGACGUGAAAGGCGCGUCAGUUGCAAUCAGCAAUUGCGAUGGAUUGGCUGGAAUGAUUAGGACGGAGCAGGAGGAAUACUUCAUCGAGCCCCUGGAAAGGGGGGGUCAGAUAACGGGCGAGGAGGAGGGGAGGGGGGGCCGUGCCCACAUAGUGUACCGCUCCUCUGCUGUGAAGAGGCCUCCUGUCAAUCAUCCCGUCGACUUCCCCAUGUCAGACCCAGCCCUGGACGGACUGACGGACCUGCAGACGCUGUUCCGGGGCGUGGAGGGGAGUCUGAACAGGACCCGGCCGCAGAGGGUCCGCAGGCAGGCCAAGGACCAGCUCUACAGCAUGGAGGUGCUGCUGGGGGUGGACUACUCCGUGGUUCAGUUCCACGGGAAGGAGAGUGUCCAGAGGUACCUGCUCACCCUCAUGAACAUCGUGAAUGAAGUGUACCAGGACAGUUCACUGGGGACCCAGAUCAAUGUGGUUCUGGUGCGGAUGAUCAUGCUGAGUUAUGGGAAGUCGACGAGUCUGAUAGAGCUGGGGAACCCGUCACAGAGUCUGGAGAACGUGUGUCGGUGGGCCUUUCUGCAGCAGAAGCAGGAUGAUGGGGAUGGCGAACAUCACGACCAUGCCAUCUUCCUCACCCGCCGCGAGUUUGGUCCCACUGGCAUGCAGGGUUAUGCCCCGGUGACGGGAAUGUGCCACCCCGUCCGCAGCUGCACCCUGAACCACGAAGACGGAUUCUCCUCUGCGUUUGUGGUCGCGCACGAGACCGGACACGUGCUGGGCAUGGAGCACGACGGGCAGGGGAACCGCUGUGGAGACGAGGUGCCCUUGGGGAGCAUCAUGGCCCCGCUGGUGCAGGCCGCCUUCCACCGGUUCCACUGGUCCCGCUGCAGCCGGCAGGAGCUCAGCCGCUACCUGCACUCCUACGACUGUCUCCGGGAUGACCCCUUCGACCAUGACUGGCCCUUGUUGCCUCGGUUACCAGGGAUCCACUACUCCAUGAACGAGCAGUGUCGCUUCGACUUCGGCAUCGGAUACAUGAUGUGUACGGCGUACAGCACCUUCGAUCCCUGCAAACAGCUGUGGUGCAGCCAUCCUGAGAACCCCUUCUUCUGCAAGACCAAGAAGGGCCCGCCUAUCGACGGCACCAUGUGUGCACCGGGAAGGCACUGCUUUAAGGGCCACUGUGUCUGGCUCACGGCGGAUGACCUGCGGCAGGACGGGAACUGGGGCGCCUGGAGCAAGUUCGGGUCCUGCUCUCGAACGUGCGGCGCGGGGGUGCGGUUCCGGACCCGCACGUGUGACAACCCGCCCCCUGCUAACGGGGGACGCGCCUGUUUGGGGCUCGACAGCGCCUUCCAGCUCUGCAACACGGAGGAGUGCGAUAAGGCCCUGGCAGACUUCCGGGAGGAGCAGUGUCAGAUGCUGGACCCUUUCUUCCAGUUCCAGAAUGCCCAGCACCACUGGCUGCCUUUUAAGCACGCCCAGCCGAAGGAGCGUUGUCAGCUGUACUGCCAGUCCAGGGAGACGGGGGACGUGGUGGACAUGGAGCGCCAGGUGCAUGAUGGGACGCGCUGCUCCUACGGGGACCCCUACAGCGUCUGCGUGGGGGGCGACUGUGUGAAGGUCGGCUGCGACUACGCGAUUGGCUCAAGCAAGCAGGAGGACAAGUGUGGGGUCUGCGGGGGGGACAACUCCACCUGCAAAAUCGUCAAGGGCAACUUCACCCGCAGCGCCAGGAAACAAGGUUUCCUGAAGAUACUGGAGGUCCCAAAAGGAGCAAGGCAUCUAGUUAUCCAGGAGUUUAAAGGAACAGAACACAUUAUCGCACUGAAGAACCUAGCCAACGGGAACGUUUUCCUGAAUGCGAAGGGUGAAUUCCCAGAAUCACGGACCGUUGUGGAGAAGGGCGUGGCUUGGGAUUACCAGAAUGAUGAUGACAAGGAAAUGGUGGAGACCAGCGGCCCCCUGGGAUAUGGAGUUCUGGUCAUGAUCCAGGUUCACGGUGACUCCAAGGUCACGCUGUCCUACAAGUACGUCAUACAUGAAGAGCUGCAGUCUUCCGUGGAGAGCAACGCCCUGCAAGACGACUCCUUCUACUUCGAAUGGGCCCUGAAGAAGUGGUCACACUGCUCCAAGCCCUGUGGAGGAGGUAAGCAGUAUACACGGUUUGGGUGCAGGAGAAAGGCGGAUAACAAGAUGGUCCACCGCACACACUGCCAAAACGUCAGGAAGCCCAGAGCCAUGACCAGAGACUGCAACCAGAAAGAGUGCUCCCUGGCCAUCUGGGAGAUAGGAGACUGGGAGCCCUGCAGUAAGUCAUGUGGGAAGACUGGUUUCCAGCUCCGGGCUGUGAGCUGCAUCCAGGCCCUGUACGACGGCACCAACCGCUCCGUCCACAGCAAGUACUGCAGUGAGCAGCGCCCUGAAUCCCGCCAGGCCUGCAACCGCCAGCCCUGCCCCGCACACUGGAGAGUGGGGCCCUGGUCAGAGUGCUCAGUGACCUGUGGGAACGGGACACAGGAGCGGCAGGUUCUGUGCCAUGUGAACGCCAACACCAUCAGCCUGUGCACCGACAUCAAACCAGACACCAUCACAGCCUGCUGGAUGAGCCCGUGUGCAAAGAGAUCUUCCGACCACAACAGCAAAGGAAACCUUGUUAUACACUGGCUCUCCAGGCCAGACCCGGAGUUUCCCUUCCAGAAGAUUUCCUCAAGUAAACGUCCACUCUACAGCUCUGACUGUGCUCUGCAGUGCAUGCCCAUGCUGCCCUGGGCCCUGGCCCUCUCUCUGACCCUCUCUCUGUGGCGAAAACUCUCCUGACUGCCGCACCCUUCCUCCUUCCAGGGUGGACUCUUCCUAGUCUUCUGCUUUGGGAGGCUGCAGCUCU